CCGAGCGGCACCGAGCGGGCUCCGCGCCGCGCUCAGCCUGCGGGCGGCGAUCCGGGUCCCAGCCUGUGCCGGCAUCGCCGUGAGCGGCACCGAGCGGGCUCCGCGCCGUGCUCAGCCUGCGGGCGGCGCUCCGGGUCCCAGCCUGUGCCGGCAUCGCCGCGAGGAUGAGCGGGACCGAGGUGACUCCGCGUCUCGGCUCCCUGGGCUCUCCCGGGCCGCGGUGCCUCGGCAGCGGCAGCAGCACGCCGGUGUUAGCCAGCUGCCCCGACAACGAUGACGAACGGGAGAGGCGGCAGCGCCGGCGCUCGAAGGUCGUCGACACCCAGCUGAGCGGCACCGACACGCCGCUGGGACUCAGCUCGCCGUUGCCCAGGCAGGCAGAGGCAAGGCUGAGGGACACCCUGCGAUGGACCAGCGCCGAGAUCACCGAGCAUUACAACACCUGCAUCAAGCUCUCCACGGAGAAUAAAAUCACCCCGAAGAAUGCCUUUGGCUUGCACCUGAUAGACUACAUGACUGAAAUCCUGAACCCCAAGGACUCUGGGGGGACUGACUUCAAGGUGGCUGCUGGCACCCUCGAUGCCAGUGCCAAGAUCUACUCGGCGCGGGUGGAUGCCAUCCACAUGGACACCUACAAAAUCCUUGGAGCCUUGGGCAGGGAUGUGGCCCCCAGCCAGGAUGUGGACAGCCCAGAGGAAGAGGGCAGCACAGCUGCUGAGGCUGCCAAGAGAGCUCGGAAGAUCAACAAAAGGACCUUCAAAACCAUCGCACAGGACGUGAGCAGCAUCAACCGCCCCGAGUCCGGCCGCAGAUGUGAGGUGGAUCCCAUGUUCCAGAGGACAGCUGCAGCCUUCAACCAGUGCACUGCAGCUGGAGUCUUCCUCAGGAGCGCUCGCACCGCAGGCUGCCGCAGUGAGCUGCAGUUUGGCUCCAAGCUGCAGCCUCUGCCUUCUGCAGAGACCUUGCAAGUGCCCAGCCCUGAGCCUGUGGCAAUGCCAGGCCUGAAGGCCCUGCUUGAAAAGUGCCUUGAGAAACGUCCAAUCUCCUCCACCCUGGCUGGCUUCUGCUUCACCAACUGGGAUGCUGAAUGCCAGGGUGAGUCAGCAUCAGCCCUGCUGGAGAGAUUCAAGAGGAGUGAUCUGGUGUUUGAUGUCAACGCAGAGGUGGAGAGUGAUGGGGAGGAGCCUGCUGCUGCCCUGCCUGACACCACCUUCAGCUCAGACUCCCCCAGGGGGGCAGCAGCAAGUCAGCCUGGGAUGUUCCAGGAACACCUCAGCUCCUUUGGGACAGUUGAACAGAGCAAGAGAGGUGAUGUGGGGACCUUGGGAGAGGGAGACAUCAAUGCCAUGAGCCAGCACCUCUCCAUGAAGCCAGGAGACUACUCCUACUUCAGCCCUCGCACGCUCUCCAUGUGGGCUGGCCCCGAGCACUGGCGCUUCAGACCUCACCACAGGGCUGCUGCUCAGGCUCUAGGACAGAGCAAGAGCAGGGACACGAAGAAACCUUUUGAGAUAGACUUUGAUGAGGACAUUGACUUUAAGAAGCACUUCCAGGAGAGCAAGGCUCCUGUCACUCUAGCCAAAUCCCUUCUGAACAGAGACAGCUCCAAGAGCACCACACUGCCUGCAGACUUCAACUAUGAACCUGAUGAUCUUGUCAAGCUGUUCCUCAAGCCAGCUGUUAAGGUCUCCAGGAGGAUGGUGGCAGGCAGCUGCCUGGAACCCGCGGCUGGCGUCGGCGACUACGACUACAGCAACCCCAACGACACCUCCAACUUCUGCCCUGCCCUGCAGGCUGAAGACAGCUAUGAUGACAAUGACCCUGCUCAGGGCACACACCAGGCAGAGGACUUCAACCUGGAUGCCCACCCUGAAGAUCAAGCUGCUGGGCUCACCAACCCUGGAGAGCUGAGCCUCCUUCCUGAGCCCCAGAAGGUCCGCAAGUUCACCAUCCCCUACGCCAGGACAGCCAAGAACAUCGACAUGAAGCACCUGAAGAGAACCACCUGGCAAGCCCUGACUGACGACCAGCUGGGAGGUGCAGCAGCAGCAGGGGGAGAAGAUGCAGAGGAAAGGGAGAACAGAGCAGUGGUAGGAGAGAAGACCUUGAGCAGCAUUGUGCAGGAGCUGCAUCACAGGUUGCCUUCCAACAUGUCUCAGGAGCUCUCUGUCCCUUUGGCCUUUGCCUGCCUUCUGCACUUGGCCAAUGAGAAGAUUCUGAUGCUGGAGGGCACAGAAGACCUCUCUGAUGUCAUCAUAACCCAGGACAAAUGAGCUCCACCUGGUGCUAGACCCCCCCAGGAACAGAGCUUCAGCUUCCCAGCUGCUCCCUCCUGGAUCCCAUCUCUUCCCAGUACCUUUACUGGGAAGUCCUUAAGUGCUCUCUGCACCUGGGGAAGGCUCUCCCAGCCCUGCAGGUGGACACAGCUGCACUCCUACCUCCUUGGUUCCUACCACCUUCAAGCUGUGGAGUUCCAGCUUAACUGUGAAGAUCCAAGGCUCUUCCCUGUGUCCUUCUGCCCUGUAAUUCCCAGUUUCUGGACUUCCACCUCUCCAAUUCCUCCCCUGGGAUGUUUUCACCUCUCUUUUCUUUAUUUUAACUGAGAUUAAACUUCAGUUUCUACAA